ACCAGAGCACAGAGGGUGGGUUGUGUUUUUUUCAUCUCUCUCUCUCUCUCUCGCUCUCAUUAUCCCUGGUGAAUUUUUUUUUCCUAUUUGAAGGCAGCUGGACAGGCAGCACAUUAAUAGAUUACAUUCAGGAUUUCAGAUUGUUAACAGCAACAAGGGCUGCGGCUUGGAGACAUCCAAAGAGAAAGCCCUGGCGGUCGACACGUCGCUCUUUGGUGGGGAAAAGCCCAACUUUUCCAAACAGAGGCACAACUUUUCAGGGGUCCAAAGCAACACUUCUUCUUCCAAGCCUAGGUUGACCUCCUUCUUUGCUUGACAAGAAAGCCGCACCAAGAAGUCUCCAUGGAUGAAUGGGAUCCUCCGCAGUGGAAGAAAGAAGUCGAAAGCCUUAAGUACCAGCUGGCUUACAAGCGGGAGAUGUCCUCCAAAACAAUUCCCGAGUUUCUGAAGUGGAUAGAAGACGGGAUCCCAGAAGAUCCAUUUCUCAACCCAGAGCUGAUGAAGAACAACCCAUGGGUGGAGAAAGGAAAGUGUGUCAUCCUCUAACCCACGGCCAACAUCGACCAUGGCGGAGAAAAUGGCUUCCUUAUUCCAAAAAAUAUUAUUUUUGAGUUAAUUCCAACAACUCAAAAAAAAAAAAAAGUUGCAUGAGAUCAGAACGUACCAAGUUUUUACUAGCUUUCCACUAAGGCUAAAUUCACUUCCAUGCCCCUUUUUCUUAGUGCAGCGGGUUUUCAGUAGUGGCUCAAUUGGAAAUGUUUCCAAAUUUUGGGAAGCACAGGGUUUUUCUCCCUUCUUUGGAUGGGAGGCAGCAUUUCAUUCUUGAACGAAGAACAAAACGUGUAUGUACAUAUCUAUAUAUAGAUGAGAUAGUCUUGUGCCCUCUAGAGCAGAAUUGAGUUUUCUGGGAUCCCUCCAUAUUACCGUCUUUGGGAACAAUGCCAGCAUCUGUAUAUUUUCCCAAGUGGUGAGAAAAUCCAUGCUGAACAAGGCAUUGCUAUUCCCAAUUGGCACUUUUCUGGGAACAUCUAUUGCAGUGGCUUUGUAAUUAUUUCAAAAUGCCCUCUUCCCUUGUAAGAUGCUUUUUGCCCUGGUCCACCAUUUGGAAAUAAAAG